GGUGCUCCCAGAUAUGGCAGACAUAAAAGGUGUUGAACAAAAGUUAUCCAAAGGUUGCAAAGAAAGUCUGGAGUUCCUAAAAAAGAAGUAUGGCCCUCAAAGCCUGAAGCAUAAACCAAAACCAAAAACAGAUAGGAGCAUUUCAAAAGAACUGAUUGUUCAUAUAAUGGAUGGUAAAAAUAGGGCCUUGAAGAGAGCCUUCCCAACGGAUGAUGGACUUAGUGGCUGUCUGAAAAUCCUAACCAGCUACAGCGAUAAUGCGGAAAAUUGGAUGUCCAAAAUUAGUGACAUGUUCAGAGGGAAGAUUAUUUUCCUUCCCUACAUAAUGGGAAAAUGUGGUAUUGAAGCAAUAGAGAACCCCCAACAAUUCACACUUGGUCACUUGGAGAAACUAAAAACAAAUAAGAAAUAUGUACCACUAAAGAUAUAUGCAAAGGCCAGAGGGAAAGAUAUCUGAUGAAUUUGAAGACUUUGAAGAGCUGGAUCUUGAGACCCCAAAGAAAGAGAGAAAACAUGGAAUGAAAGCAUCCACAGAAUGUUAUGAUUUGGAGCCAUCAACAUCAAAGGAAUUAGAUGGGAAAGGGUCACCACUAGGCAGUAAUGUAGAGGAACAACCACAUAGAAAAAUAAAAUUGUCUCCAAUCAUUAUUGAAA